AUGCUAAAUGGGCUUUAUAUAAAUGGGCCCGUUAAAAGCCGACCCGAGUGGAAACUAUGGAAGAUCCGAUAUUGGUUUCAAGAGAGAAUUUCUGAAAAUCAUUGGCGCCAACAAAGCGAACAAUCUCUGAACAUUGCUACUUCGUCGUCUUCAGCAGAUCUUCAUCAACGAAUACGACCGCUUAAAAACUUAUGUGGUGGAAUCUUAAAAGUUUUGUUGAUUUUGUGCGGGGUAACAUGGAUGAAGAUGAGAAAUCUGAACAGACAGAAAGAUCAUCCAAACUAAAAUUGGUCAUUCACCGUUCUAGCGGAGCAAUCAUGACAAUAACGAUCUCUGUUGGUUCUAGAGGAGCAAUCGUGACAAUUACGAUCUCUGUUGGUUCUAGAGGAACAAUCGUGACAAUUACGAUCUCUGUUGGUUCUGCCAUGUUGUUGAAGCCACUUGUCUAUGCAACGAACAUGGAACCCGUGGUUACACUUGGGGAGCAGCCUGAGCUGUUCACCGGAAACAAAAUCAGACAAACAAAUGACACACUCUUCGUCAAGCCCUGGCAGGUUCAUCUCAGGUGA